AUGGCGAACUCCGACCCAACCGUGCCUCUCUCCCAUCUCCUUAUCUCUCCUUCCUUACACGGCCUCGCUGCCAUCCAGAACCCCGUCCUCGCGCUCGGCCUCCCGCAGCCCCACAGAAUGUUUCGUAUUUGCGCUAACGGCCUCGGGCAUCGCGCGCGGUCUCUGCCGCCGACCGCCACCCUCGACACCCACCACGCCGCGUGUUCCUGCCGUUCACCGUGGGACUUGUCUGAUGCAUCACCUGAGGCGCUUCCGCCGGCGCGGCCCGCGGGCUGCGUGGAACGCGGGAGAGCGUUCUCGAGCGGUCGCCAUCGUCGACCCCGGCGGCCAGCCAGGCGAGACCGACUCACUCCACGGUUGUCACAGAUGUCACAAAUGUCACGGCGCGCCUGGCGAAAAUGCCCGCGCGUGACGGCGCGUGUCCUCGCCGUCACAAAGGACGAUGGUCGGUGGCAUGCCGGGGGCUGCGACCGCGCCUGCCUCCGGGGCCAAGGCGCUGCGGCGGCGAAGACCCUGUACAGCAUCCGUGACAGCGGGCGUCCUCGCCCCGCAGUGCACGGCCCUACUCGUAUCCGGCUCCCUGUGCGCACAUCAUCCCCAUCGACGCUGACCACAACAUCUUAUGUUUCAGAAGCCCCCACGCAUCUUGCUCGCGCUUCGUGA